AUAAAUUUUUCAUGGAAGGGAUCUCGAAAACCUCAAGUUGACUCCAAAACUUGACCACUCACUAGAGAUCGGAGGUCGGCAUGAGCGGAGGUAGCCGCAGAACCGCCCGGAGCCGGGCGAAGAACCCGCCGGCGGACCUAGACGCCGACGAGCCCCUUCGGAAUCGGGGACCGAUCCAUGGGGCUCGAAAGGGAAGGAGCCGGGACCACGGCCACAUCCGGUUGAUGGAUGUCAGUCUCAAAACCCUUCUAGGAUUAGGAUUUGGAUUCCUGGCCCUUCUUUUCGUUGCGUUCUUAGUGUACAAUUACCAGGGGACGUCCAACGAAGAUGAUGCGGUUAAGAAGUUGAUGAGGACUGUCACGCCCUUGCCAGCUCCUAAGAUGAUGGAUCUUCCCCAGUUUCAUGGAGAGCACAAGGAGAGCUUGUACUGGGGAACCUACCGACCCAAUGUGUACCUUGGAAUUCGCGCCAGAACGCCAAGGUCAAUUAUUGCCGGAUUGAUGUGGAUUGGCAUAAAGAAUGGACAGUAUUUUCUCCGUCAUGUUUGCCAAGAUUCUGAUGAACUCAGCACGUACGGAUGGACGGAUCACAAUGGCCGAGACUAUGGCCGUCAAGUGUUGGUUGAUCAUGGUAUGUCUAUAACAACUAGUUUCUUGAAAGAGAAAGAAGAAGCAAGUGGUUAUGGAGGGGACUGGGCUGUUAGACUGGAUGUGCAGAAGGAGGAAUCAAGGUUAGAUGAGAGCACAGCACAUCUUUUUUUCUACAUCGGCGAUGAAGAAGGAAACUUGCUAGGCGUGCGUAGGCAGGAAUUUGGAUCUCAUGAUGCUACUCUCUUGGCAUUUGGGUCCCACAAGGAUGUUGGUGGUUGGGAAGUCCAUUUAGAAUCACAGGAGAAUCUGGAAAUGCACUUUUCUGGGUACAAAACUCUUCACAUGCACAAUUUAACUGAGCUGGUUCAGGCGACUCUUGCCAUCAAUGCAAGGAGAACUGGGCAUCUUCAGCUGCCAGACACAUUAGAAGAUUCUUCAAAUAUAAUUGUUUAUCAGAUUUCUGGGAGGCUUCCAGCCAAAAUGGAUAUUGCUUUUGUAUCUGGAAUGGAUGUACAGACUUCAAGAAUUGAAGAACGCAUCAAAUCCCUUACAGGAACCAUGUUGACUAGUCGACUAGAGGUGAAACAAAAGGCUUUUGAAGAAAAGUUUGUUGGAUGCUUUGAUCUAAAGGAUAAGGUUGAUUCUGAAACAAUGGAUGUUGGUAAGGCAGCUAUUGCGAAUCUACUAGGGGGCAUUGGCUACUUCUAUGGCCAAUCCAAAAUUGCGCUGCCAAAAGGGUUCAGUCAAAAAAAUGGCGAUAAAUUCAUUUCUUAUUGGCCAGCUGCACUUUUUACCGCUGUUCCUAGCCGGUCAUUCUUUCCACGAGGUUUUCUAUGGGAUGAGGGUUUUCAUCAGUUGAUUAUUUGGCGCUGGGAUAUCUAUAUAUCCAUGGACAUUAUUGGUCAUUGGUUGGAUCUGAUCAAUUUAGAUGGAUGGAUUCCUCGUGAACAGAUCCUAGGAGCUGAAGCUUUAAGUAAGGUUCCUGAAGAAUUUGUUCUUCAACAUCCAUCAAAUGGGAAUCCACCAACUUUAUUUCUUAUUCUGCGAGACUUGGUGAAAGGCAUAAAGAUGAGCAAGUUUUCAAUGAAAGAAACGAAUGAAAUUUCUACAUUCCUUGGUAGAGCUUAUACUCGCCUAGAUGCUUGGUUUCAAUGGUUUAAUACUACACAAUGUGGCAAAGAUAUGGACACCUUUUAUUGGCAUGGGAGGGACAAUACAACAACCAAGGAAUUAAAUCCAAAGACAUUGCAAUCUGGGUUGGAUGAUUAUCCGCGUGCAUCCCACCCAGGUGAUGAAGAGCGUCACCUUGACCUAAGAUGUUGGAUGCUUCUUGCUGCAGAUUGCAUGCAUUCAAUUGCAAAGUUUACUGGAAUGAAAAAUGAUUUAGGAAAGGAUUAUUACAUGUUGUCUGAGCGGCUUUCAAACAUUGAGAUCCUUAAUCAGAUGCAUUUAGAUGAGGUUUCUGGAGCUUAUUUUGAUUUUGGGAACCACACUGAGAAGGUUCGUUUGAGAUGGCAUGAAGUGACAAGUGCAGAUACUGUGAAACGCGAGCUUGUUCGUGAGACAUUAGAAAGACCCCAGCUGGCGUUAGUUCCCCAUGUUGGUUAUGUCAGCCUUUUCCCUUUCAUGAUGGGGAUUAUUCCACCUACAUCAUGGAUCCUAGAAAAACAAUUGGAGCUUAUUUCUAACCGCUCAACUUUGUGGACAGACUAUGGUCUGCGUUCACUUUCUAAAACAAGCUCAUUGUAUAUGAAACGGAAUACAGAGCAUGACCCGCCUUAUUGGAGAGGCCCCAUUUGGAUAAACAUCAACUAUAUGAUUCUUUCAGCACUCCACCAUUACUCGCAAGUGGAUGGGCCAUACAAAACCAGGGCAGAAACAUUAUAUCAGGAGCUAAGAUCAAACUUGAUGCGAAAUAUUGUGCGGAACUACUAUGAGAGUGGAUUUUUGUGGGAGCAGUAUGACCAAAAGAAUAAGGGAAAAGGUAAAGGUGCACGACCAUUUACUGGUUGGACUUCGCUCGUUCUUUUGAUCAUGGCGGAGGCUUUUCCGAGCUUACAUCGCUGAGUUCUUGGUAGUCUACAAGAGAAGGGAUCAUCUGGUUGAUUGUCGAAGGAUUGACUAGUAUACUGGUGGUCUCCAAACCAAUUGCUUAGUGAUUCCUAUCUGCAUCUUCUGACGACCACGUUCCAUCUUUAUGUAUGCAGGAUUUAUGAGUUUCGUUCUUCAUUUAACAAUUUUGUAUGGUUACAUUCUUGAAUUAUUACAUUUGAAUAGCUUCGUAGCUAAUGAGGCAGGCAAGCAACAAUAUUUACCUGACAUUUAGGAUAUUUAUUGGUAGAAGGAUGAAGAGUUGAUUCAUUUGAAGUGCAUGUAAUAUUUUUUUCUAAAAAAAUUCUAUAAGCCACAGAGACUGAAUAUAAGAUAAAAAUUGGAACUAUAUGUAGUGAAAUUAAAUUAUGGUGCACAGGGUGGAUAUUUG